UUUAUUUAAAGUUAUUUAAGGGUGACAAUGUGGCUUUUUAUAUUUUUUUAUUUAACAUUUAUAUUACAAAAAUCCGAAACUGCAAAUGACGUAGUAACAGUGAAAGAAGUGCUAGCUGGACACUUGGCUGAACUCCCAUGCUUAAGUAUUGAUGAACAUCAUCGUUUCAUGUUCUGGCAAUUUGGAACUAACAAUGUUAUUGGUCCAGGGAAUCCUUUAAAUGAAAAGAAAUAUAAUUAUGAAGUACUGACUGGCAUGCUUCAAAUUAGAGGUGUAUCAACAGCAGAAUCUGGAUUUUAUAAAUGUUUUUCAAAAGGUUUAUUUGACGAUUCUCAAUUAAAAGUUCAUUCUAUUGAAUUAAUAGUUACAAACGAUUGGGAGCAACUAUGGGAAAAUGAUUUUGAGACAAAUCUGUUACGGGCAAUGACUGCUGUUAUGGUAUUAGUGGUUGCUGUAGCUGUCCUUCUUCUAGUUAUUACUGUUAAGAAAAGAAGAAGUCAAAGAUUCUUUGAUCUCGAGGAGUCAAGAGAAAAUUCUCCAGCACGCUAUACGUCAGAUAAUGCACCUAGUGUUUCAUCACGUGUCGAAAACGUUGGAAUAGAUAACGCUGUUCUUGACAUUGAUUUUCCUAAAGUAUUUAAACAAAUGCAGAAGGAGCAAGCAAUGCCAUAAGUUUUAAUCAUAUUAUAUCAUGAAAUUACAUUAUUUUAGUAUUUUAUUCUUAAGUGUAUAUUUUGCAA